AUGAACGAAAACAUAGAAAAUUUUCUUAAUUAUUUACUCGAUACAGAAGCAACAUCCGAGAUAGCGUUUAAUGAAAAUAUUCAUAAAAAUAAUGAAUUAUUUCACUCACGAUAUCUUAAGGAUUGGGAAUUUUUGGUUAAUCACAAACUACAACAGGUACACCCCGACAUCUUUGUAUCUACAUUGAGUAAUGUAGAUAGUGGUCAAAAAUCGGAAAGUAAUGAUUCUGAAGAAGAAUCAUCAACAUCAUCAUCCGAUGACGACGAAAAAGUUGAAGACAAAAAAACAUUUCCAAUGGUACAUAGUCUUCAUUCGAAAGAAUCAACAGAGUAUUUUGAUGCAGUUCAUCAAUGUCGUCGACUUCUUCAACUGCUUCGUUGUUGCCAACAGCAUUAUCAUCAUUUUGUUGAUCUUUAUUUUCAAAGUCUUGAUCAAUGUAUUAAGCAUGAGAAUGAAAAAAUUGUUAUCGUGGCGCUACAACAAAUUGCUUCUCAUCUCUCUGAAAAUAUAGAUGAUAAUAAUGAACGCAAACGUCUUAUUCAUUGUCUCCCAUCAAAUAUGUCAGAUCCAACAAUUAAUCCUUUGUAUCAACCUUUUUUCGAUACAAUUCAAUUGCUUUUAUCAAGAAACAAUACCGAACAAGCCAUGAUAUCAUUAAUUUCUUUAAAUGAUAUCGACAUACUCUAUCCGUAUAGGGCUCGUUUUCUUGAUGUGCGUCGAGAAUUUCGUGAUAGUACACAUUAUUUCAUUGAUGGUGAUUCACUACUUCUAUCUAUUGCUCAUCAUACAAAUGUUGAUCUUAAAUCAUAUUAUGGAAAUACUCUUCAUGUUAUUUUCAUUAUUGAACGAAUUCUUCUCACUCUUUUCAAUCAAUCUCAUCAAUGUAAUUAUACACUUCUCUUUUUCGAUUGUCAUUAUGAAUUAUAUCGACAAGAGACGUCUAUUCUUGGUCUUCUUCGAUCUUGUCUCAUUGUACAUCUUUCUAAAAAUGCAGAUAAAUGUGGAAUAACAAAAGUACAACAAUUUUCAUCAUGGCUUGAUGAUAAAUAUUCGGAAUUCGUACGUGAUGAAAAACCACUGUUUAUAUUCUAUCAUGAUAUGGCGAAUUUUGACAUGGAAAACGGUAGUCUUCUAUCAGAAAACGCUCUGAAACAACUUACCAUUAUUUAUUGUCUCUUUGGUAAUUAUCAUCAAAAUAUUAUUAAGUGUCACCUUUAUUUAAUGAAUAAAUUAAUAUUAACUGAAACUACUGUUCAAUGUUUUGAAAUUCAAUUUAAGCGACAAUUUCCAACAAGUUUAUUGAAGAAGAUCAUCGAGCUAGUACCGAAUCAAUUAAUUACUAUUACCAAGAAUCAAAAGGAUCAGAAUGAAUAUGAAAAAUUUUGUCAGAAUAUUUGUCAAGAUGACAUACGUCUUUUUCUUUAUCUCAAAGCAAUUGCUAAAUUUAUCAAUAAUACAAAAGAUCAAGAACUAGUUCAACUUCUUUGUCCAUUAUUUAUUCUUCAUGUUGCUCUUCUCAUUCGUCUCUCAUUACUUGAUCGUCAUCUUCCAUCAUCUUUUCCUUCUAUUACAUUUAGUCCCAUGUUGUCUCAAAUGAUUGCACAAUUUCAACAAUAUCUUUCUUCAAAUCUAUCUUCUCAAGUUUCAUCUUUAUCUUGGUCAAAAGUAGCUGAUCUGUUCGAUGGUCAUCUAUUUGCUUUCACUCUCUAUCGAUUAUCAUCAUCAUCAUCAAAUAUUCGUUUCGAUUCAAAAACAUAUGAGAUUGUUAGAGAAAGUUUAUCAAUACUAAACAUACCAUUCAGUGAUGAUCUCUUUCAAAAUGUCGUCAAUCAAAUGAUUCAACUGAAUGUUGUUGAUUUCUCGAGGUCAACAUUUGAACAAUCAUCAAUAAUAGUCAAACGAAUAGAAACGCAUCGAAAAAUUACUAAGAUCUCAAAUCGUUUUAUCAAUACCCUUCUCCAACCCAUAUUUUCAUCAAAUAAUACAUCGACAUUUGAAUGGGUAACACCGAACGACAUUCCAGCAACUCGAUACGAAGGAAGACAUCAUUGGCAUGUUUACAAAGAAGUAGGCGAUGAAGUCAGUCGUAUACGAGACGAUGAUGAACAAUAUACACAGCGUAAAAAGAAUCCACGUUUUCGAGGACAACAAAAACAGCAAUACUAUACUUAUUUUACUUUAUAUGGUAAAUCAUUAACCAGUCGUGAUAUAAAAGAUAAUCAAAUGCAAAUAUUUCUCCCAACUACUUUCACUUCUCUUCCAAACAAUGAAGAAAAUUCAAUCGAGCGAUCUGAUUCUCCUUCUUCUGCAUCUGGUAGCAAGAAAAAACAACAACAUAAAAAACAACCAAACAAAAUUCAACUAAAAAAAAGCGAAAUAAUUAUUAAAGAAAACACAGAACGAAAGAUGAAUAAAUGUAUGGAUGAUGAAACUCAUGAACGAACAAAUGUUGAAGUUCGAUUAAAACAAAUUCCAACUGAUAAUUAUUCUGAUGCAAUUGAUCUAAUUGAUGAACGUUUACCAAACUUUAAAACAUCAACAAUACGUCUCGAAUUACUCAAAAGAAAAUUUGACUUACAACAAAAAUAUCUACGAUCAUUGAAAAAGAAGCAUUCACUCACCAUAGAAGAAAAAUCAAAAUUAGAACUUCUUCAAAUAGAAUUUUUUGCUACAAUGACUGAAAUAGUUCAUCUCGAGAAUGUUGAAGAUGUAUUUGCUGAAAAAAGGAAAUAUAUGGAAGAGCUUGUUGAUGAUUCAGUAUUAGAUAGAGAAAAAUGGUAUCGAUUUCAAAUGGAAAAGAUAAAUAGUCGAUUACCAAGACGUGAACAAGGUAUUCGCGAUAGUCGAGUGGCAGCAGAUUUUAUUCCUGAUGGAUGGCAAGUGGAAUUUCUCAAUGCUGUUGACGCAGAACAAUCGAUUAUUAUUGUGGCACCAACUGCUUCUGGUAAAACUUAUGCAUCAUAUUAUGCUAUGAAGCAUGUACUCGAAAAUGAAGAUAAUCCAAACGGUAUCUGUGUAUAUGUUGCACCAACGAAAGCUCUUGUCAAUCAAGUUGCUGCUACAAUUUACUCUAAAUUUGGUCCUAUAUUUGGACUUUUUACUCGAGAUUAUCGUGUCAAAGUGGAUGAAUGUCGUAUUUUAGUUACGGUUCCACAUUGUCUUGAAAUUCUUCUCUUGUCACCUAACUAUCAACGUUGGUGUCAACGAAUUCAAUAUUGUAUAUUUGAUGAAAUACAUUGUAUGUCAGGUGAAUUAGGAUCAGAUGUUUGGGAGAAAACAAUGUUACUUAUCAAUUGUCCAAUGAUUGGACUUUCAGCAACAGUUAAUAACGGGAAAGAUUUAUGUCAAUGGAUUCAACAUGUAGAAAAACAACGAUCUGAAUUAUAUGAAACGUUAGAACCACGUCAAGUAUGCUUCAUCUUACAUCAUGAACGACUUGCAGAUUUGAACAAAUAUUUAUAUUCAAAUCGACAAUUACAUCCCAUUCAUCCAAUCGGUCUUAUGAAUGCAAAGCAGAUAAUAACUCGUGGUCUUCCUAAAGAUUUUUCAUUAUCACCAAAUGAAACCCUUCGACUGAAGGAUGCGAUGCAAAAUGUAUUAGGGCAAACAGGAGAACCGGUUUGCGAAGACACUAGCAGAAAGCCAAUACCUACAUUAAGUGAAUAUUUUUCAACAGAUUGGAUUAUUGAACGAUGUAAAUGUAACAAUUAUUCAUCCCUUGUUUCUGAUCAAUUCAAUCAGUUAAUUACUAAUCAACAAAAUUCCACCAUUGAUUCUAUUGUUCAAUCAAUAAAUUCCGUUGGUUCAAAUGAUUUUUCUUAUCCAGAACAAAAAUCAAUAUCAACAGUAAUCGUUGAAUUUGUGUUGACACUUAAAGAGAAAAAUCUUCUUCCAUGUAUAACGUUCAUGGAUAAUCGUAGACUAUGUGAAAAAUUAGCUGAAAGUGUUACUCAAUAUUUGGAAGAAGUUGAAAAUGAAUUACGAAGAACAAAAUAUAAACGUCAAAUUGAAGUAUUAGAAGAACGUUUGACACAAUUUGAGAAAGCACAAAAAUCAGCUAAAGGAAAAAAAAAAGUUAGAACUCCUGAUAAAUGUAGCAAUAGUAAAUCGUCUGAAUUAAAAGAAAUGGAAGAAGAAGACGAUCGAGUUCAGUAUCAGUUAUCAGGUCACGAACAAAAUCUGUUAUAUGGUAUAUUGGACGAAGGUACUCUAGCCAAUCGGCGUGGAUGUGAUCAAGAAUUAGUUUCGAAACUCUUAAAAAGAGCUGCAAGAUACAAUCAACGAUUAGUUCAAUAUAUGAAACGAGGUGUGGCUUAUCAUCACGCUGAAUUGAAUAAUAAAGAACGGACCGCCGUUGAAGCACUUUUUCGUAAUCGAUAUGUUCAAAUUAUUUUUUCUACAUCAACAUUAGCUUUGGGUAUUCAUAUGCCAACAAAAACUGUGGCUUUUGUUAAGGAUUCUAUUUUUCUCGAUGCUCUACAAUAUCGACAAUCAUCUGGUCGUGCUGGUCGUCGAGGUUUUGAUAUCCAAGGACAUGUAGUCUUCAUCAAUAUUCCAAUAUCAAAAAUCUGUCAUUUGACUAUUUCAGCAAUUCCUGAUAUUCAUUCUCAUUUUCCUACAAGUGUUACAUUUUUUAUGCGUCUUCUUCAUUUAUACUCAAAUGCUAAAAAUAAAAAAGAUGCGAUGAAUCGAUCAUUAAUCACACUUGAAUGUCCAUUUAUUAAACAGUCACGUAUUAAAUAUCAUUUGAUCGAUGUUCAAACUCGAUAUCAUUGUUUACAUACACUUGAUUUCCUUCAUCGAUUAAAUUUAAUUAAUGGUGAAGGUGAUCUGAUUGGUCUAGCUGGACUUUUAACUCAUUUACAUUACUUUGAACCAGCAAAUAUACUUCUCGUCUAUUUGAUGGAUACACAACUUUUUCAUGAAUUAAAUCAUGAUAUUGAUAUUGUUAAUGUACUUGCUCGUCUUUUCACAAAUAUACCAUGGCUAGUUACACAUAAACAAUUUGAAAAUCUUGUGUCAAAGAGACGACAACAAAUGUUCAAUUCAAAAUUAUUUCUUUCAAAAAUGUUAAUCAAUUUUAGUGAACGUGUUCAAACUUAUAAUUCAAUAGUUAAAGAUGUUUAUGGAUUUUAUAUUGAAAAUGUUAUACGACAUUUACGAUCACUUAUCGAUAAUCAAGAACAAAUCUUACCUUUUUCUAAUAUUUCAUUCUCUCAAUUAUCUGAUUAUGAUAAUGGUACAUUUGAAUAUACUCUUCAUCAUCAUUAUUCACAACAAACACUAAAUCCAUCCAUAUCUCCUUUUUCUGCUCCAUCUGGUCUUACUCAUGAAAAGUUCAUGUCAAACUAUAAUCCAACUGUUGGCUCAUGGGAUCUUGCUUAUGAUGUUGAUUUAUCAACACGUAUUGUGCCAUUUAUUGAUAUAGAUAUUCGUGAUCAUACAAAUUCAGCCUAUUAUCUUAAUAGUUAUGCAGUAGAUUUCUUUAAUCAUGGUUCAGAAGCAUCAUUAAUUCUAGAAAAUCAAAUAAAUCCUGGUGAAACAAACAAUCUUCUAUUAGAUUUUUUAAUGAUGCUUUCAUCAAUAAAAACUUCUCUGGAAAUAAUUAUACGUAAUGAAAACGAACAAGCAACAACUAAUGAUAUACAAUUUUUCCAGCCAUUAUUUGAAAAAAUAUCAAAUAUAAAAGAAAUCUUUGCAGAAAAAUUCUAUAAAGCGUAUCCUUAUGCAAGGAGACGUUAA